AGUCCUUAACAACCACCCAGUUUGUGGCAGAGACAGGGAGAACAGAGACGGCAGUCUUUGACUCUUUCUGGGGCUAAAACCUGAGCCAUGGCAUCUGUAUCAUUUCGAGAGCCAGUAUCUUCCACAGUGGGAAAACGGAUGAUUGUUACAGGCCCAGAUUAUAUAAAGGAUCAUCUACCAAAAAUUCAUCAGCACACUUCCUAUAUAGGAGAAAAGCGCCCAGCAUUAGAAAAGACUGGAGAUCUCAGAUAUUUAUGGAGGCCUGCCUCAAACAGAUGCUUACCGGCAAAAUAUAAAUAUGAGUAUGUUGGUGAAAUUGGUUGGGGAAUACCAGAGUAUGAUUUUAUCAACCAAACAAGGCUUUGGACUGGCUUUCACAUCAAGUAUGGAGAACAAAGUCAAGCCACUAUUGAUAAAAUAGGACACAGAUACCAAAAUCCAUGGCAACCAAAACCUUAUAUUAUGGAUAUGCAAGGAAGAUUCAGUCGUGGUUCUAUUGCCUGGCAUAUGGGUGAUUAUGAGAACACCGAUCAAAGAAAUUCCAAAGCGGCUGUCCUUGUCAGGCAGAGCACGGCAGAAUUGCCAAGAGCUUCCAAACAAGCGAAGCUGCCAAAGCGACCAAGAAAGGAGAAAAGCAAAGUUCGGCCACUAAAUCAGCAUGAUGCAGCUUGCUAUUAGAAAGAAAAACUGCCUGCAAAUAUAGAACAAAAGUAAGG